AUGGCCUCUUACCCCAUGGAAUCGACGCUAAAAGGAUGUGUGACGUCCCUUUCAUCGUGCGUUUCACUCCUGAGCGAAUCGCUGAGCUCUCUGGACUCACAAGUUGAUGAUUUCCAGAGGCUGACUACGAUAUUAGACCAAUCAAGGAUAUUCACCCUGGUACCCGAGACUGACGUGUUAAUGGCGAAGAAAUCACUCAGUGAGGAGGUUGAGCCUCGUAUAAUGGCACUGAUGGAGCGGUCAAAGCUGAAGCUGUCCAAACUGGAGAGGAAGAACGCCAAUCUACAGAGUAAGAGACAGCUGAACGAUAUUCGUAUAAGUAAGUUCAAAUCUGAAGAGGUUUCCAUCCAGGGAACACCUGAGGAACUAGAGCAGUUGAGGCAGUUGAGGCUGAAGAAAGAUCGGUUGAAGUAUAAGCUCUCGAGCAUCAAUCUUAAGCAGAGGAAACAGAGCUUCCUGAUCAAUUCUAAAAACUAG